CCAAAAAUACCAAAGCAAAGUGCAACUCUUAGCGACAAUGUUUAUGAUACUCAGCAUGAGGAAAUAGAACUAUUUCUCGAGUCUCUCAAGAAUAAAAAACGAAGGCUCAAGCUUCUCGAUCUCCGCGAAUUAGCUCAUUCGAUGAAUAAUCCGGAUAUAUUUAAAGUAAAAGUUGAAGCUGCGGUGGCAAAAAUUACUGCCGGUUCCAUUGCUGCCAAAUAA